AUGUGCCUAUAUAUGAUUGUUUUGCUUAGAAUUGAGACUGGAGUAGUUACUGUAAAGCCAUCAUCAGAUGAACAUCCUCGUUUUGUACCGGUGUUCCGCUCUGGAAGCUGUUCUAACAUUGGGCAAAAGAAAUAUAUGGAGGAUGAGUACAUCUGCAUAGACAACCUUCUCGGACAAUUAGGUGCAGCAGCAGAAUCUUCUUGUCCUGGAGCUUUCUAUGGGGUGUUUGAUGGCCAUGGUGGCACUGAUGCAGCUUUAUUUGUCCAAAAGAACAUUCUGAGGUUUAUAGUUGAGGACACCCAUUUCCCGGUCUGUGCGAAGAAGGCUAUGAAGAGUGCUUUCUUGAAAGCUGAUAGCGCAUUUGCCAAAGCAGAUUCUCUCGACAAGACCUCUGGUACCACCGUUUUGACAGCCCUUAUUCGUGGAAGGACAAUGCUGAUAGCUAAUGCAGGGGACUCUAGGGCGGUAUUGGGGAAGCGUGGAAAGGCAAUUGAACUGUCCACAGACCAUAAGCCUGAUUCUACAUCAGAGCGACCCAGAAUCGAGAAACUGGGUGGUGCUGUUUAUGAUGGUUAUCUAAAUGGUGAAAUAUCUGUUGCACGGGCCAUUGGAGACUGGCACAUGAAACGCCCUGAAGGCUCACCCUGUCCUUUGACUGCGGAGCCGGAGCUGCGGGAGAAGGUGCUCUGUGAAGAGGAUGAAUUCCUAAUUCUUGCCUGUGAUGGCUUGUGGGAUGUGAUGAGUAGCCAAUCUGCUGUUACAAUUGUGAGGAAGGAGCUAAUGAAUCACAACGAUCCUGAGAAGUGCUCGAGGGAAUUAGUUCGACUGGCACUUAAUCAGAACACGCUUGACAAUCUGACAGUAGUAGUUGUAUGUUUUUCAUCAGAUCCACCUCGGCUCGAGACACCGAAGUUAAAGAGAAGCAUAUCCGUCGAAGGUAUGUGUCUUAUUCGGGAUGCGAUGGACAAUAAUUCGUGAUUGGGAGUAAAAUCAUAAUUCAUUCUUCAUAACUUAGAAGAGGAAGGAGCCUUACUGUGUCUUACGGACAAAAGGGCCAUCAUUCGCCGUCAUGCCAUUGUGUAGCGGGCCAUUGAUGUCGGGGGAAAAUAACAAAUGUUUGCCAGUCAUAUUUAGCUGAGUACAUCUUAACAUAAGAUUUUGUUCAUCUUAGAUCUGCUGUACAAGUAAUGGUUAAUUUCUCUCUCUCUCUCAACCUAGCACUGAAUUAGUGUUAUGUGAACAAGUAUAUUCAUACCAAAUCUGGAUUGCUUUGAUCCUUCGCUGAUUAUAAUGGAUAUGUAACAGGUCUUCUUUGUUCAAA